AUGUCCACUUACGUCGGAGAGGUAGCAAGCGGCGACGGCGGCGACGGCGGUGGCGGCGGCGGCGGCUCCCAGGAUCCAUCGUCUCCGCCGGCAGGCAUGGCCUCCCCCGCCGGCGAAAACGGCAACCAGAAGAGCACACCUCGCCGGAAGAACCAGCUGAGCCUCAUACCGCUCAUAUUCAUGAUUUUCUUCGAGGUUUCCGGGGGGCCGUAUGGCGAGGAGCCGGCCGUGCAGGCGGCGGGGCCACUCCUGGCGAUCAUCGGUUUCCUGGUCUUUCCCUUCAUCUGGAGCAUCCCUGAGGCUCUGGUGACAGCAGAGCUCGCCACCGCCUACCCAGGCAACGGGGGCUACGUGGUCUGGGUCACCGAAGCUUUCGGCCCUUUCCCCGGGUCUAUGAUGGGCAACUGGAAGUACCUCAGCGGCGUCAUCAACAACGCCGCCUACCCCGUUCUCUGCUCCGAUUAUCUCUCCCGUAUCUCCCCUCGCUUCGGUACCGGCGGCGGCUGGCGGGACGGAGCCAUCAUAGGGUUCACCCUUGCUCUUUCAUUCCUCAACUAUACCGGUCUAACCGUGGUCGGCUGGGCAGCAGUAGCACUGGCAGCGGUGGCGCUGGCCCCGUUCACGGUGAUGGGAGCCGUGGCGCUGCCGAAGAUCCGGCCGGGAAGGUGGCUGAGGACGCCCGAGGGGCGGAUGGGGAGGAGCGACUGGAGCCUCUACUUCAACACGCUCUUCUGGAACCUGAAUUUCUGGGACAACGUGAGCACGAUGGCCGGGGAGGUGGAGCAGCCGCAACGGACGUUCCCCCGGGCGCUGCUGGGGGCGGGGCUGAUGACCUGCAUCGGCUAUCUCGUGCCGUUGUUUGCUGCGACGGGGGCCCUGAAUGUGCCGCAAGAGGAUUGGAGCGACGGGUACCUCGCCGACGCCGCUGGUGAGUCCCCCUUGCCUUCUCCCUCUGCCAUGCGGGAAUAGAGUAGGUCAUGACCGAGUAGGAUUGGUUUGUUGAGGUAAUAAGAUAUGCCCCCUUGGACUCCGGAGCUGAGUGGAUUAGUCAACCCCGUCGGGUAAGACAACCCAGGCGGUGGGUCCUGUAACCAGAAGCCCUUUCCCUUCGGGUUCUCGUGCCGAGACAAAAGGGUGCCGAAGGCUUAUCGGUUCGCUCCAAAACGAUAACGUCAACCGAUACGAAACACUUGAUGAAGCCUAGGAGUCAUACAUUAUUACUAUAUAUAUAUAUAUAUAUUCAGUAGAGUUUCUCGAAAAUAAUUUGACAUUGGGAUUUUUCUUUACGAAUUUAUAUAUAUAUGUAUAUAUCUCAAAAUCAUACACCAUUAGUAUUUUUGGAAGUUCAUUUCGAAAGUAUACUACCAGUCUCUCUCUCUCUCCUUCUCUUAAUAGUCAAAUAGUAGGGUUUCGGGAAUAAAUUUAAAAAAAUAAUUUACCAAUCUCUCUCUCUCUCUCUCUCUCUCUCUCUCUCUCUCUCUCUCUCUCUCUCUCUCUCUCUCGUACUCACAAACACACGUACACAUCCUGCUAAUAACUGUCGAAAAAAAGUCAGAAACUGUCUCUUUUUUACGCACGCAUCUAGUCUUUUGUCAGAGUCUGGAAGGAGAGCUAAAAAUUAAUGGGGGAUAGGGAUGGAAUUGACAGACGUCAGCCAAUACUGGUCCGAGGUCCUGAAGAUUCAUCAUGUUCUGUGUUAUGACUAGUAGCUUGGGAAGACAAUCUAUAGCUGCAUCCCAUGUAGGGUCAUCUGAAUCUAAUCCAAUUUGGUAGCCGCUCCGAUUCGAUCUUGUCCCCACCCCCAACAAAGUUCCGUCGGAAUUUCGUUUCUUGUUAAUUUUAUCAGUAAAUAUAGCUGACGGUGACCUGCACCACGGUGUGCGGGAUGAUGGGUCGCAGGCUUGAUCGUGGGGAGGUGGCUGAAGAUCUGGGUGGAGGUGGGUGCCGUCCUCUCGGCCGUGGGGCUCUACGAAGCUCAGCUGAGCACCUGCGCCUUCCAGCUCCUCGGCAUGGCGGAUCUCGGGCUCCUCCCGCGCUUAUUGGCCGUCCGCUCCACCUGGUUCGGGACCCCUUGGCUGGCCAUCCUCGGCUCCACCGCGAUAACCCUCGCCGUCUCCUUCAUGAGCUUCGACAACAUCAUCGCCUCCGCCAACUUCCUCUACGGCCUUGGCAUGCUCCUCGAGUUCGCCGCCUUCCUCUGGCUGCGCCGGCGGCGCCCCCUCCUGAAGAGGCCCUUCCGGAUACCCAUGAAAUUCCCGGGCCUCAUCGUCAUGUGCCUGGUUCCAUCGGGUUUCCUUCUCUUCGUCAUGUUGAUUGGGACCUGGCCGAUUUACGCCAUCAGCGCGGGGCUGACAGUGCUGGGCGUGGUCGUGUACUAUGGCAUGGGUAUCAUCAGGGCCAAAGGAUGGAUGGAGUUUAGCAAGGUCGAGAGCUACCAAAGAGAGGAUGAAGGGGGAGCAGACCAUGGGGAAGGGAGGGUUGUGGGUAGGGUGUGA